UUAUAACACUCAAAUACUAUUCAACCAAUUGAGGCUGAUCCCGUGGUUCCCUCCAUCAUGCUCAAUCUACAUUAACUCGUUCAUUAUAGCAUUAGUUAUUACUAUACUAUACUAUUCCUCUCUCUCUCUCUCUCUCUCUCGGCAUACUACAUACUGUUGCAAAACAAUAUGGUUCGUAACGACAGCAGCAACAAAGAGAAGGAGAAAAACCUCGAUGAUCAGCCUUUGUUCGAUCUGAACUACGAUGGCGACGAGGAAGAUGCCGUCGUCGACGAAGAACAGCAGGAGAUUGAAGGUGUGAAGUACCAGAGUGAGAGUAGUAGUGAUGGCGACGACGACGAUGGUGGUGGUAGGCAUGCUGCGAAUGGGAGAGCACAGCCUGACUCUUUCUCUUCUCAGCAAUGGCCUCAGAGUUACAAAGAGACUACAGAUUCUUACACAAUAGCUGCUGCUCCAAAUUUUGAGUCAGUUCUGCGGGGGCCGAGUUUUAUAUAUUCUAGUUUUGACAAUCGUUCAAAGAGUAACUUAGACAUCGAUGGAAAGACACCUUUUCUGUCUGCUCCAGAAGGCAUUAGACAAUCAACUUGGUGGGAGAAAGCCUCAGUAGAACGGCUUGUUUCCGGAGAAUUGCCUAUUGGAUAUGGAUGCAGCUUCACUCAAACAAUUUUCAAUGGCAUUAAUGUGAUAGCUGGAGUUGGCCUUCUAUCUACACCAUUUACAGUAAAUCAAGCUGGGUGGAUGAGCUUGGCAGUGAUGCUUCUUUUUGCAGUUAUGUGUUGUUACACAGCCACCCUUCUGAGAUACUGCUUUGAAAGCAGAGAAGGAAUCAUUACCUACCCAGAUGUAGGAGAAGCUGCAUUUGGAAGAUAUGGCCGUAUUGCUGUAUCGAUAAUUUUGUACACUGAAUUAUAUUCAUAUUGUGUGGAAUUCAUCACCUUGGAAGGAGAUAACCUCACUAGUCUGUUUCCUGGUACAUCCUUAGAUUUGGGUGGUUUCAAGUUAGACUCUAUGCAUAUGUUUGGAGUUUUGACAGCACUUAUUAUUCUCCCAACGGUUUGGCUGAAGGAUCUUCGUAUAAUCUCUUAUCUAUCAGGUGGAGGGGUUGUUGCAACAAUUUUGAUUAUGAUUUGCGUGUUUUGUGUUGGGACAAUAGACAGUGUUGGAUUCCAUCACACGGGUCAAUUGGUAAAAUGGAAUGGCAUUCCAUUUGCUAUUGGUGUCUAUGGAUUUUGCUUUGCAGGACAUUCGGUUUUCCCAAAUAUUUACCAGUCUAUGGCUGACAAGAAACAAUUUACCAAAGCACUAAUAAUAUGUUUUGUUUUGUGUGUUUUGAUAUAUGGAGGCACUGCAAGCAUGGGAUAUCUCAUGUUUGGUGAUGGCACUUUGUCUCAGAUAACAUUGAAUAUGCCACCAGGCGCAUUUGCUUCCAAAGUUGCAUUGUGGACAACUGUUAUUAAUCCAUUGACUAAAUAUGCUUUGUUGAUGAACCCACUGGCAAGGAGUCUAGAGGAGUUGCUGCCAGAUAGAAUUUCAUCUUCAUAUUGGUGCUUCAUGCUUCUUAGAACAACACUUGUUGCAUCUACAGUUUGUGUUGCCUUUCUAGUUCCCUUUUUUGGGCUUGUGAUGGCUUUAAUUGGUUCUCUCUUUAGUAUACUUGUGUCAGCGAUAAUGCCAAGUUUAUGUUUUCUGAAAAUUAUUGGGAAAAAAGCUACAAAGACACAGGUUGCACUCAGUGUUGCAAUUGCUGCAUUCGGAGUCAUUUGUGGAAUCCUUGGAACAUAUUCCUCUCUGUUGAGUAUUGCGGAUAGUUACUGAGACCUUAUAGCCUUUCUGCACUGGAAGGUUAUGAUGGAGAGUUAACCUAGUGGCCAAUGUUUCUGCAUGGAGAGUACAACUUUGGAUUAUUGUGGUGACAAGUUAAUUUAGUUAUAUAUGAGAACUCAUGUAUUUAUGAAUUUAAUAAAGUAAUUAUUAAAUAAGAUUUAAUAAGUUAAAACUUAAUGAA